CGAACUGCUGCUGUUGGGCGCGUGGGCAGCUUAUUGCCGAUCCAUUGCGGCGACGUAUGUGCACGCGACGACAUCAUUACGGCUCAGUAAGGUAAUUUCUUGGGUUCAAUGUAAUAUCGUUGUCACUGAUUUUAAUCUUAGUCUGCAGAACAAGAUAGUGAACCAUGUGAUUCAUGAAUGAGUCAAUUUACGAUGUAUCGAUGACACAGUUACUACUGAAAAUUACAAAUUGUUUGAUCAGUAUAAGUUGGAUAUAAAGGAAGCUCUGUGUGAUCCCAACCGAUCGUGACAUUUGGUGUUAUCGACAGCUGGGAGAGACGAAGAACGGGGAAAAGGCAGAACACGGCGCGCGACAACGUUACCUGGAGUGCACGCGGAGCACCUCAUUCGAACGUGACGGGGGGGCGAUAGGGUGUUGGCUGCGUAGGGACGCUUUGGAGCGCGUGUGGUGAACGCGGCGAAUCACGGCGAACGAAGAACUGUUUCGUAACAACGACGUCUCAAACAAGAGUGCUCACGUAAAAAUUAUAAAGUACCUCUCGGAAAGAUUAUGAAAACUUGCGCCAGUUCAUUUGUGUUAUAUGAGUAAGUAACCUAGAAUCGUGUGUACGACAGUGUGUGAAUUUACGAGUGCAUUCACACGUUCCUCGUCUAUAGUCAGUUAUCGAUCUACGCUUCAUUCAUCGCGGACAUUCACUGGAACUUUCGCUUUUAUUUCCCGCUUCAUUUCUUGCAAAGUGGCACAAGAGAAUUGCCGCAAGUACUGCUUCCUCGAAGAGUGUAUCUGCUCGACGUGACGUACGUACAGCUCUCAACCACAUCUGCAAUCGUGCUUGCGUGUAAUCGCGCGUUUUCAAACACGUAAAUAUGAUCGCGCGUAGGCAACACGCGUCCACGGAACGCGUUAUCGAUUGUUGUUGCUUGUACUUAUUAUUGACGGGCGUGAUCGCGUCCGCCCAAGACUCUCUCUCGUAUGGCAGCCGAUACUAUAAUCGCGACGGUGUGUACGUGCCACAAGAAGAGGAUAACCACAGGACCUACAUGUAUAAAGACAGAAGAUAUGGCUAUCGGCCCAGCUACCUGGAUCCUGUGUACAGAGGACCAACAAGAGCUCCAGAGGAUCGGUACCUUUUUGAUGAUACAACGGCAAGACUUCCAUUGCCAGGAAUAUUGGCUGGCUGGCGUGAAGAUCUUCAAGGAAAAGAAAGACCAGAUUCUAAAAAUUUCAUUAGAAACAGAGAUAUACUUGUGAACACGAAUUAUGGUCAGGUUCAAGGAUUUAAGGUUCAGUUGUAUGAUGAUCCAUAUGCAACACACAGGCCGUGGAAUAUGGCAGUUGAAAGAGUUACAAAAGAUGUUAAUGUAUUUUUGGGCAUUCCUUAUGCUAUGCCACCCACCAGAGAAGGUCGUUUUAAACCUCCAAGACCUCACAGAGGAUGGCAACUUUUACAAGCUGUUGAUUGGGGACCAGCUUGUCCACAGCCUAGCGAAUAUACUGGUGCUACAAAAGGAGUACGUGACGUUGAUGAGGACUGUUUAUACUUAAAUGUGUUUACACCAUCAAUUGGUGCUGGAAUGGCACAUAAGCAUGCAGUAAUGUUUUAUAUUCACGGUGGUGAAUUUACUCAUGGAGCUAGUAAUUUGUUCCCGGCUCAUAUAUUAGCUGCCUUCUACGAUGUUGUCGUGGUAUCCAUCAAUUAUCGUCUUGGAGCUCUUGGAUUCUUAAGUACUGCAGAUGAAAAUAGUCCUGGCAAUUACGGGAUCCUUGAUCAAGCUAUGGCACUGCGAUGGGUGUACGACAAUAUAGCCGCUUUCAAUGGAAAUCCUGAAGCUAUAACACUAUUUGGACCAGGCGCUGGAGCAGCAAGUGCAGGAUUACUAAUGACAGCACCAAAGACUCGUCGUAUGGUAUCAAAAGUAAUAGCGCAAUCCGGUUCAGCCGUUGCUGAUUGGGCGGUGAUAAUAGACAAGUAUCGAGCACAAAACACAUCUCGGGUGUAUGCAGAAAUGCUUGGUUGAAGUAUAGAGAGUAGUUGGAAAUUGGUGCAAUGCCUAAAAGACGGACGUAGUUUUCUCGAGCUGGGCAACUCCGAAAUGAAACCACACGUAGGGAUGUUUCCAUGGGCGCCUGUGUUAGAUAUCAACUUUACGGUACCUCGAGAUGAUUGGUAUGACGAAUGGAGGGCACAUGACUGGCGCUUUUUUCAGGAAACGCCGGAAGAGAGUAUUAAAGCUGGCGGAUAUAGGAACGAUUUAGCUUAUAUGGCUGGUGUUACGACUCAAGAAGCAGCAUUUAUUAUACGAAACAACGUUACUUUAGCAAGAAAUCAAUACAUAAUAGAUCCUGAAUUAUUCGAUCAAAAGAUUUGGGAGCUGGUUCUUCGAUAUAACUAUACUCUCAAUCCACAAGGUGUUUAUGAGGCGAUAAAAUAUAUGUAUACAUAUUGGCCGGAUCCAACGAACGUUACGCAUAUACGUGAUCAGUUUAUAAAUCUCUUAUCAGAUUUCCAUUAUGUAGCGCCGUAUGAUAAAAUUGCCAAACUAUUGGUGGAGAGACACGUACCAACCUAUCUCUACGUUCUAAAUACUUCAAUAGAAUCAAUCCCAACGACACAUUGGGCUAGAGUACCCCACGAUACAGAACUUUUAUGGUUAACAGGAGCACCGUUCAUGGACACUGAAUUUUUUCCGCAAAAAUGGAAAUUGAGAAGAGAAAUGUGGACUGACAAUGAUCGUAAUAUGAGUCAUUUCUUCAUGAAAGCGUACUCUAAUUUUGCAAAAGACGGAAAUCCGACACCUUCGCAAAUCUUAGGACUGCACUUUGAUCGCGCUAUUUAUGGACAAUUGCGAUACUUGAACAUCAAUACGACAUUUAACAGCAGUAUUCAAAUCAACUAUCGUCAAACGGAAAGUGCAUUCUGGUCCAUGUAUUUGCCGACUGUUAUCGGUCAUCUUGUUCCUACGUAUCCUCCUGUUACUGAAUAUUGGUGGGAACCUAAACAACCGCUGCAAAUUGCUUUCUGGUCGAUGUCAACGGCGUGUUUGCUGCUACUUGUACUUACUGUGGUGUGUUGCAUGCUUUGGCGUAACGCCAAAAGACAAUCUGAUCACUACUAUAGCGGAGACAUCUUGAUGGUGCGAGACGAUGAGCAUUCCGAGGGAAUCGAGAAUAUAACACGCGCAUCCAAAGAAAAUAUAUAUGAAUAUCGUGAUGUACCACCAAUCCAGAAGUCCAGAAUACCACGACAAAACGAUACAAAACUGCAAGAACGUUUAGCACAUAACAGGAAGUUCAGUUCUACACCUUCAUUGCGAUCCAAUUCUAAUGUCUCAUUGAAAGAUAUGAGAUCGGAAGGUUUCGUUACAAGUUCACCUAAUGGUCAGCUUAAGCUAGCAAAAACGAUGAGUCAAUCUUCACUGCCGAAAGCUAAAAGUAAAACACUUUUAGUACAGGGAGUACCACAAACAGCUGUUUAAUAGUUAAGUUACCACUAUAUAAAUCGACAAACGUUUUAUUUUUAUUUAUUUUUAUACCUAGGUUUUUUAAAUAAAUUAAUAAAUUUUGAAAAGAAGAGCAU